AAUGAAGAGGCCGAGGUCCAGAUUAUCAGCCUCCUGCCACAGCAAACUCCCUCCCAUAUCACUAGGAGCAUUCAGGUAAAAAGAUGGCUUAUCAGAAGGUCAAGGCAGAACCAAGAAUCUCAGGACAUUCACAGUAUUUAGACAAUGAUGACCUUCAAGCCACUGCCCUUGAUUUAGAGUGGGAUAUGGAGAAGGAACUGGAAGAGCCAGGCUUUGACCAGUUUCAACCAGAUAAUGCUGAGCAUCAGAACUUGGGGCACUCUGAGCCUUUAGACCUCCAUCUUGAUUCCAUUCAACCAGCAACGUCACCCAAAGGAAGAUUCCAGAGACUUCAAGAAGAGUCUGACUGUGUGACCCACUACACAAGAUCUGCACCAAAGAACAACCACUGCAACUUUUGCUACCUGUUAAAAAUACUGUGCAUAGCUACCGCUCUGUUUAUUUUUGGAAUUAUAAUAGGUUAUUAUGCUCACAUGAAUUGUCCUUCUGAUGCCUCACCAUCAGGAACAAAUAACCCACAGUUAUACCAAGAUAUUCUCAAGACGAUCAAAGCAGAAGAUAUUAAGAAAUCCUUCAGACAUUUGCUACAACUCUAUGACAGUGAGGAUGACAUGGAAAUUUCAAAGAAGAUUAAGAGUCACUGGAUUGAAUUGGGCUUGGAAGAUAUACAGUUUAUAAACUAUUCAGUGUUACUGGAUUUUCCCGGGCCCUCUCCAAGCACCAUCACUGUGAGCAGCACUGGCCAGUGCUUUUAUCCUGAUGGCCAACCUUGCAGAGAAGAAGCCAGAAGAGGCCACAGCCAAGAUCUGUUCUACUCAUAUGCGGCCUAUUCUGCCAAAGGAACUCUCCAGGCUGACAUCAUCGAUGUGAGUUAUGGAACCAUGGAUGAUUUAAAACGAAUUACAAAGUCGAAAAAUAUUACCAAUCAAAUUGCACUCCUGAAAUUAGGAAAAUUACCACUGUUGUAUAAGAUUUCCUUAUUGGAAAAGGCUGGGUUUGGAGGUGCUCUUCUCUACAUUGAUCCCUGUGAUGCGACAGCGUCUGCAGUGUCUAGCUCUGAGCCCUUUAUGGUGACUCUGAAUCCAGGAGGGGACCCCUCUACACCUGGAUAUCCCAGUCAUGAUGGAAGCUUUAGACAAAACCGACCAAACCUCACCUCCCUGUUAGUGCAGCCCAUCUCUGCAUCCCUUGCUAAAGUGCUCAUCUCUUUGCCAAAGCUGAGAAUGGAUAAAGAUGCCUGCAGCCCCCUAGAACUUUCGCAUAAUGAAAAGAGAACUGUCACUUUACAGGUACAGACAAUAACAAAAUUUAAAACAGUGUCUAAUGUUGUCGGAUAUCUAAGAGGUUUGACAUCACCAGAUCGGUAUAUUAUAGUUGGCAGCAACCACCAUGCUGGAUACAGUUAUAAUGGACAAGAAUGGGCCAGCAGUACUGCAGUAAUCACAGCAUUUAUUGAAGCUUUGAUGUUAAGAGUGAAGAAAGGAUGGAGACCAGAACGUACUAUUGUUUUCUGCUCAUGGGGAGGAACACCCUGGGGCAAAAUUGGCUCCUAUGAAUGGGGAGAGGAUUUUGCGAAGAUUCUACAAAAAAAAUGCUGUGGCUUACAUUAGCCUUAAUAGUCCCAUCCGGGGCAACUCCAGUCUGUAUCCAGUAGUGUCGCCAUCUCUCCAGCAACUGGUUGUAGAG